AAGCUAUUUCUUAAAGAUAGCUUACUUCUAAAUGCUAAACUUUUAUCAAACAUGCACUAUAACUAGAGUUGAGACAUCUGGGCUAUUUUAGAGCUGGAACCUAUGUAGGCAUGCUUUUAUUGUGAAAGCUCCCGGUGCUGCUGUCGGAUUGCCUUGUCGGCCGGCCUGCUCCACAGAUGGAUCCCAGCUGUGUUUACGCGCUGUCGGCGGGCUUCCUGGCGGCCGCCGGCUCUCUGUGUGCCAAGCUGAGCCUGGGAGCGGACUACCUGAGGGAGAUGUGUGAGUCCAGCCUCGGUGGAGCGGCCCGCUGUGACUGGCUCCACGUCCCUCUUCGGCUGCUGUGUGGAGCAGUGCUGCUCACCUGUAACACCGUCAUGUGGACCAUGUUCUCCAAGGCUCUCCGUCACGGCUCUUCUUCAGCAGGGGCCACGGUCACCACCACCGCCUCCAACUUCAUCUUCUCUGCGGUCCUUGGGAGGCUGAUCUUUGGAGAGACUCACAGCAGCCUCUGGUGGAUGGGCAUCUCUCUCACGCUGUGUGGACUGCUGGUGCUCCAUGCUGCAACGCCACACAAACACCCGCAGGAGGCCGAGAAGAAGGAGAAGUGAUGGAUCACAGAGAGGCUUCUCCUAGAAGCGAGCGUGGAACAUCUCAUUGCACUUUAAACACAUGGAUGACAAAGCCUUUGUGCUGAAAAGAGAACAUAACCAAUGUAAAAAAUGUUUCCUAGGGUAACUUUAGUAGAUAUUGGGGUUAAAAGUGUGAGGGUUUCAACAUGUAAGUUAGAAUUGUUUGUUCGUUUUAGACGAGCUGUUUUCAGCUAAGCUGACUGGUUCCAGCCCUAAAAUCAGAUCCAGCACAUUUUACAGCUCAAACUGGUGGACUGAAAAGUUGCCAAAGGCUCAUUAAUUAAUUAAUUAAUUAAGUUGGUUAAAGCUUUUCUAAGUCCUGGUCACUGGAAUUAGACUGUGUGUUUCUCAUUAGCUGAGAGCUAUUGUUAUGGUUGUUGACUGUGUUUCUCAUCAGUAAUUACCUGUAAAUACACAUCAGUUUGCAUGAAAAUAAAUGUAUAUUUUUGGAUUCAA